AGUUGAUGAUCUCGUGCCAAAAUCGGAUGAACUACUUACUCAAACGCAACGACAAGAACGAGCUAUCGGAGAGAUACAUAACGAUCUUAGAAUGAAAACAAACAAAAUAAUUGCCAACUUGGAUAAAGUAGAAAAGAGAUUAAAGAAACAAGAAGACGAUGUAGCUACGUUAGCGCAAAAACCUGUACCGGCAGAAAUACUGCUUAACCCUUCUUUAGAUAACGUCGACGAAUAUGAAUCUACUAGAUUUAUAGAAGAUUACGUUACCGAAACUACACUACCUGGCGGUUUUACUACUCUACCGCCCCCUAUGACCCAAACUUCUGUUCAAAACAGUGUUUCUUCGCAAGUUGGUGGUGCUCCUUCGACGACUGAAAAACGAGUCGAGAAGCGGAAAGGCGGAGUCAUCUUUCCCAGUGUUAAAAACAAGCCUACACACGUUAAUACUUCAACGUUUGUGACAUCUGAAGUUACGCCUGCUGUGAAAGAUGUAAAGGGUUAUUCCUGUGUAGAUUUUCUCAGCGCUGGAAUGAGAAAUUCCGGGAUCUACUACCUUCAAAUUCGGGGAACCACGUACUGGUUUUUGAAAGUAUUUUGCGAACAAGAAAUCGCUGAUGGCGGUUGGACGGUAAUUCAACGCAGAGACGACUUUGGUUACCCCAGAGAAAAUUUCAACAGGGACUGGAACGAUUACAAAAAUGGAUUUGGGGAUCCGUCCAAGGAAUUUUGGUUAGGAAACGAAAAUAUCUAUAUGCUCACUAACAACGAGGAAUACUCUUUAAGAGUAGAACUGGAAGACUUUGAAGGCAAUAAGAAGUUCGCCCAGUAUUCUCAUUUCAAGAUUUAUUCGGAAGCUGAUUACUACAAACUUGAAAUUGAUGGAUACGAAGGAAAUGCUGGUGAUUCUCUGAAUGAUCCAUGGUAUGGAAGUAAUAACAGUCCGUUUUCCACUUAUAACAGGGACAACGAUCGGUCCAGCUUAAAUUGUGCAUCAAUGUUGAAAGGUGGAUGGUGGUGGAAGUCUUGUGGACGAGGAUUGAAUGGUCUGUACUUAAACGAUCCUCAGGAUCUUACAGCAAGACAAGGAAUCGUCUGGUUCAGAUGGAAAGGCUGGGAUUACACGCUGAAAAAGUCCGUGAUGAUGAUAAAACCAAGAAGUUUUGUCAGUGGAACUUAGUUUUAAAUCCAAGCUAUAGUCAAUUUAUAAUCACCGGUACAUCAUUUCACAUCGUGAAACAAUCACUUUCAUACAUACAAAGUAUUUAUUAAAACAAAUUUUUGUCGCAGAAUUUUACCAAUACUACAUUUUACCUCAUAGAAAUAAGAAAUCGCUUCUUUAACAAUAGAUAUAUUACUUUUACCUUUAGUUUGUAAUGAAAAUAUAGAGCACAGUAGAAAUAUUUCUUCCAGAUUAGAGUUUUUAAAACAUAUUUGUAUAUUAAAAGUUUAUUACUGCUGUAUAAGAAUUACACAUUUGAAAAUUUUUGACUUCCUGACAGAUUUAAUGCUUUAAACAAUGCUGAAACAAUUCGGUUCAAGAAUAGUUACUGUGUAAAGAGAUGGACCGGGACAAGCCUUCAUUAUUAAAUUUAUGAGCGUUUCUUAUUGUUCCCAUAUCAUGUCCCACUAUUGAACGUUCGCAAUCAUAUUUGCAAUAUUAGUUUUGUUUUAUUGAGUAAGAAUAAAUCAAAAGACUUUUUGUGCUAUCAUUCGUAAAUGUUUUAAAGCCAGAAUAUUGUUUUUAGGUCUGAAUUAGAAAUGGAUGCGUGAAUGAUUUUCAAUUUCCGUUGGGACUAAAUCGCUCAUGGACUGUUAUAUUUAAUUUUAUUUCUUACAAUAUUAUCUUCUCGAUUAGUUGUAGAUUUUUACCUAAAGGCAUAUUUUCAGUACUUUCUUUGAGGAAUUGUUUACUUUAGUUUAAACAGCAUAGUAAGUAGUGGAUUCAUAAAUAAGCGGGAGAUAUAAUAUCGCCAUCCAUAUUGUUUUCUUUGCACUUUUUGAAAGAAUUUAACUGGUUCUUUAAAAUGCCUUAUGGUUAAUAAAGCUCUCGGACUCGCAUUGUACUCAUUGUUUAUAAUAAAUAGAAGAGUCUCAAUUGCUCUAUGUGUGUGUGUGUGUGUGUGUGUGUGUGUGUGUGUGUGUGUGUGUGUGUGUGUGUGUGUUUCUGUAAUGCUGACCCUGUUUUGUAAAAAUUGUUCAAUUGUGCAUAUUUCUUGUAACAUGAUACCCUCCUGUGACGUUCUUUAUUUAGGUAAUUGUCCAGGUCUUGAGCUGAUCACAGUUUUUGAUGUUCCUAUAAUAAAAGUUUGAUUUUUGACAAUAAAUAAUAAAUUGAACACCAUGAUUACAAAAAUAACUAAUUCCUCACUGUCGUCAACAAACUACUGUAGUGAGUAUUCGUUUUAUAAGCUGGAAGUCAUAAGUUCGAAUCCUAUAAAGACAGAAAUGUUGUAAUUGAACACAUAUUACAUAAGGUAAAGUACUUUUUCUCUUCAAUAUAAUAUAUAUUACUAUAAAAUACUUCUCUAUAAUACUAUUACCGAUACUUACACGCCAUGUUACCUAAUGAAAGAUCCGAUGAUUAUAAAUUGUUAAAGUUUCUAAAUUAUUGGAAAAGUUGUAAAGGAAAAAAGACUGUGUAGCUUAUCGGAAAAGUAUUUCUGUAUUAAUUUCAUCGAUAAGUUUGUUGUAAAUUAAGAAUGUAUAGAUAAGGGAUAAAUUCUAUCAAGAGCAGCAUUAAUAUUUUAUUUUGUUUUUAAAAUUAAAUAUAAAUGUUAUUAGUUAAGGUCAUUCGUAAUACUUUUAUUUGUAGUAUUUUUUAUCGUGUUUUCGGUGUUCGUCACCUUUUCAUCACCUUGUAUCAUUAUCAUUAUAUUACUUCGACGUUACCAUGUUAUUUUCAUCCUGAAGAAAAAGUAAAAGAGGAAAAAGAAAAAACUUGUCUUUUCCUUUUUUCUUUUUACUUUUUAAAAAUGGAAUCACAUUUCCAAACAAUUCAUCAAUUUUAGAUCAAUUUUGAGUAAAUUAUUGCAAAAAUGGAGAGAUAAAAUUUGUAGAAAAUACACAAAAAAACAUAUUGGUGAUCAUAUUUAGCUUAUACUUUAUUUGAUAGUGAAAGAUAGUUAUAAUUUCCAAGUAUCUAUGCAGAACGCUUACAAAAAUAUCAAUAUCAUGUAUAUAAAUUUUUUUUAUUCUUGACUUAAUCAUAAAUAAAACACUUAAUUAUGGCAUAAACAUUUGGGCUAUUUGUCAUUUUCAAUAAGCACUUGAAUGAUGUAAACAUUAGAUAAUACACCUAUUUAUGUGCACUUUUUGCUAGUUUGAUAUGAAAUGUAAAUGAAAUAUUUGAUCCUAAAGCCAAAUGGCAAGUACUUCAAAACUACCACUGGUUCAGGGUCGUGUUUAAAACAUUUCCCACUGGUGUAUGUUGGAAACAAACUCAAUUUAUUAAGCUAGGCAUGGCCAUUCUAAGCAGUGAAUACUUAGCUAUAAGGUUGUAGUAUUCAAUUUUUUGGUUUGUACACUAUGUUUGUGUGCAAUAACUCUUCUAUGUAGAUAUUGGUAUGUUUAGUUGCAGUAUUUACAAUUUAUUUUAUAAACAGCAUCUGACUGAUAAUCUUUAGCAACAUUGAGAUAAAAAUUUAAAAAAUAAUUUUCGGAUGUUUUUGACGAUUUAUGUCCAACAUUGAUGUCAUAUUUUGCCAACAUUUUCUAUAUUUGUUCAAAAAAUCCAUUCAUGUAUGAUAAGGGUAUGUAGUAUUUGUUUGAGUUAGUGGCAUUACUAUUAUUACAUAUUAUUGCUAGGUAUCGUCUGGCUGUGUUUUGCAUAAUAUCUGAGUUCCAGUUAUAUAUUGUUUUUGUUUUCUUGAUUGAUGAUUUGAGGUCUUGAAAUUUUGGUAGCAGUCUAUUAUCUAGCCUUUGCUGAUAAAGUUGCACUGUUGGACUCUAUGUGGCACUUGUUUGAGAAUUUUAUUCGUUAAUUGACGUGAUA